AUGGCUGCCAUCGUCAUUUUCCAGUUUAUUUUUCUAACUAGCUGUUUAGCAUCUGCCAUCAUUCCCCACGCUAACACUGUGAAGGCCAUUGAAUCGCGCCAAAUCUCCAAAGACGGGCGAUGUGGUAUCGAUUUUGGAACCGUCUGUCAACCAGACGAAUGCUGUUCCAGCACAGGAUGGUGUGGUAACGGAUACUUGUACUGCUCUGGCCCAGCGUGCCAGCUUGACUUUGGCCCAGCAUGUGAUGCUAAUGUACGGCCAGAUGGCCCCAACACGGAGGAUAUUGCUCGACCCAAACUUGGGAAUGUACCCUAUGGCUCCGCCAUCUAUCACUGUGAGGAAUAUGGAGACAUUGCAUUGAGUUAUGACGAUGGUCCGUAUGACUACACCGAAGAACUUCUCAACAUUCUUGCUAAAUACAAGGCAAAGGCAACGUUCUUCAUCACAGGAAGAAACCUUGGCAAGGGUGCCAUCAAUGACGCCCAGUAUCCAUGGCGAAAACUCAUCCAGCGGAUGGUCAGAGAUGGACACCAAAUAGCCAGCCAUACUUGGACUCACCAGCGCUUGACGACACUCAGUUACGAAAAGUUUAGAAACCAAAUCAUAUUCAACGAAAUUGCUCUAGCGGAUAUACUGGGGUUUUUUCCCACAUAUCUACGCCCUCCAUACUCGGCCAGCAACGCGACUGUCGACGCUUGGCUCGGCGAGCUGGGCUAUCACGUCACCUACUUCAAUCUCGACACUGAGGGUUACCUCCACGACAGUCCCACUGCCAUACAGGAAUCCAAGCAUAUCUGGGACGAAGCGGUAGAGGGGCAAAACCCAAAGGAUACCAAGUGGCUCGGCAUUGAGCAUGAUCCCAACUACCAGUCUGUCCACAAUCUGACGGAGUACAUGCUCCAGUCCCUUUUCCGCAACGGCUUUCGUUCAGUCACUGUUGGAGAGUGUCUAGGGGAUGCUGCUGUGAACUGGUAUCGAAAGGUUUAA